AUGCUCUCCUCGCCGCCCGCCCUUGCCUUUGCCUCAGAAGGAGAGGGGUUCCGCUGGAUGAAGUCUUUGAGGCCCUUUUCGCCGCCUGGGAAGAUUGAGGUUGAGUUGAAGAAGCAGAGCUCGUGUUACCUGGAGCUAAUUAACAAGACAGAUCAGUACCUUGCCUUUAAGUUGUUUGGGUUUUGUAAUCUAACUAAUCAAGCUACCUGUCAUUGCUUGAAGCUUUCUGACAAUCAGGCACAAAAGAUGUUUGGCAACAGAUGGACAGAGAUUGCAAAGGUUGUAUCAGGAAGAACAGAUAACGCUGUAAAGAACCGCUUCUCCACCCUCUGCAAGAAAAGGGCAAAAUUUGAGGCUUCAUCCAAGGAGAAUAGUGUUCCAUCUUUGGACCCAAGCAAUAAGAGGGUUCUUGUUGAAGAACCAUCUAUAGCAAUACUAAUAGGGGAACCAUCGACAUCAAAUAAGCAGAUGGGGUAUCACAUCUCUCCUCUCAAAGAGACAAUUGAAGCACAUAGGAGAUCUCUUGGGGAACAUGGUCCAGCUCAACAUCUGCAAAGGCCACCUCUAUUAGAAGUUCAAAACUUUGACACAGUUAAUCAGUCAUCAGCUUCCAAUAAGGUUAGUCAAGCAACUUUCCUUGGGAGAGAUGACCCAAAACUAACUGCCUUGUUGCAACAAGCUGAAUUGCUGACUACCCUUUCCAAGAAGGUUAAUGCAGAAAAUACCAACCAAAGUCUUGAUGAGGCUUGGAAGGAGCUUCAAGAGUACUUGAUUCAAACUGAAGACAGUGGGCUACUAAGAAAAAGAAUUGCUAAUUUUGUAAUCAGGUUGUUGAAGUACCAAAUGUCAGUUGGGAUGAUAUUGGUGGGCUGGAAAAUGUCAAGAGGGAACUGCAAGAGAUUCUGA